CACGCCUACAGCAUGGUCCCAGGUGAGGACUUCAGGAACCUCGUGAUUGGUUUGCAUUUCGGCGGCGUCCCGAGUAGCAACUCCCUCUUCUCCAUCUACAACUUCUGCAGCAAGCCCUGGGUGUUUUCUCAGAUGAUAAAGCUCUACCACUCUCUCGGCCCUGAGAAAUUCCCCCUGAAUGAACAAACCUUCUACCCCAACCACACACAGAUGGUCACACCCCCCCCCCUGCCCUCUGGUGGUCAAGAUGGGCCACGCUUACGCUGGAAUGGGAAAGAUCAAAGUGGAGACCCCGCAGGACUUCCAGGAUAUCACCAGUGUUGUGGCUCUGGCAGGGACCUACGCCACCACCGAGCCCUUCGUCCAGUCCAAGUACGACAUCCGCAUCCAGAAGAUCGGAAACAACUACAAGGCCUACAUGAGAACGUCCAUCUCUGGUAACUGGAAGGCGAACACAGGCUCUGCCAUGCUGGAACAGAUCGCCAUGACGGACAGAUACCGGCUGUGGGUGGACUCUUGCUCCGAGAUGUUUGGGGGUCUAGACAUCUGCGCAGUGAAGGCCGUCCACGGGAAGGACGGCAACGACUAUAUCAUCGAGGUGAUGGACAGCUCCAUGCCUCUGAUUGGUGAACACGUGGAGGAGGACAGACAGCUGAUCACAGAGCUGGUCCUCAACAAGAUGGCCGAGUUGCUGCUGGGGGUCUCCACUCCUCAGCCCUCUGCUGUCAAGACCACUCAGCCCAGACGAGGGGGACAACGAUCUGCUUCCGCUUCUCCAUCUCAGUCGGCCCAGGGCUCCCCUCAGAGAGCCCGCUCAGCCUCCACCUCCCCCAGCCAGGCCUUCCAGCCCGGGCCCAUCCCUGCCGCCUCCGGGCCCGGAGCUCAGAAACAGUCCCCCCAGCUGAACAAAUCCCAGUCGCUGACCAACACCUUCACAGAGACGUUACGAGGAAGCCUGACCGACGACGAGGCCAAGGCCGAGACCAUCCGCAGCCUCCGACAGUCCUUCGCCAGCCUCUUCUCCGACUGAAACCCCCCUAGAAGCUUCCUCUUUCUGUCUGUGGUCAGGUUUGGGAAAAAAGCCCCACUGGUUCAUCUCUAAUGGAGUAUCCCUGCUCCACAUAGCUCAGCUUCCUUUUCUCUCCUUCUCAAUAUUGUGACGUUUAACACCUGGUGCAACCCGCUGUCGUCAGAUCAGUCAUUCAUCUAUCACUAGAAAGGCCAACAGGUACUGGGGGGGACCACAAAGGCUAAGAAUCCACAUCCACCACAGUGCAGAAUCAAACUCAUGAUGAUUAUGUCUGUUUUAUCUCUGCUGUAAUGCCAGUUAUGAACAUAUACAGAAAUAGAUCAAUAUAAACAUCAGUCCUCCUUAUACCCAUAAUCCUUUCUGUUUUCAUACAACAGCACUGAUGUGAAUGCCUCCUAGGGUUAGGACAGCAGUCAGCUGAUGGCUUAUCCUUUCUAGUGGUAAAUAAUAAUUGUAAAUAAUCAUAAUCUAGCUCAUAAUGCUUGGUAUUUAUAGUCGUUAUUCUACAUUCUGUUUGUCCAACCAGUGAAACUGUUCUUUAUUGCUCAUGUUUUAUCGGUUUGAAUAUAUAUUUACGAAAUGAAAUGAAUUCUAACUACUUUAAUUGACUCACAGCUUCCACACUGUUUGCGGAUGUAUACGGCAAUAUUCUUAUCUGAAGCUGUUCCGGUUAACUCAUGAAAAACUGAAUCCUCACGGUUCACCAGCGUUUUUGAGCAUCUUGCAAGCAGCCACAUUUCAGAAAUCCACGUGCUGUAGACACACAUUGGCUUACGUUGUGACUCCACAUUACCAAAGUGCUUUUGAAAAAAAAUAAAGAAAAUCCCCCAUGCACUGGGUCCAGAAAACAGUCCCACAGCGCAGCAUCCUUUGAGCUUGUGAUUUCACGAGGUGCAAAACGCUGACCUGCCUUCCAGCCGCCGUCUUCCACCACAGCGCAGACCCCCACCCCAGCUGCUCCUCUUUCUCCAAAUGCUUUGUGUAAUGUCUUGUGCUUUGUGAAUAGCAGCGUGGUGUAUUUUCUGCAGGGGAUUUGGAACAUAACUACUGCUGUGUGUUUGAAGGCGAACUGUGAGGAUGUGAUAUUUUGAGACUUUUAAUGUGCUUACAUUUCCACUGAGACGGAAAAUGUUUUAGUUGUGUAACAUUCCAUCUUAUAUCUAUAUUACCUUUUAUUCUCUACAUUCGAUAAUAAUUUAUCAUCAUUUUUGUGUUUUUUGUCAAAUGGUGUGUAUGCAUCCAAAGCAGACAUCUUCCUCCACCCUGUGUCGCAUCAGCAUGUAAAUGUUCUGUGAAUGUCAUACUGUAUGUAGAAUCUAAUUCAUAUUUUCAGAAACCAACACAAGAUAAUGAUCUCAAGUACUCUAUAAAGACAGCAACAGCAUGGAAACACUUUAUGUUAUCUGUGAUGCAAACCCUACUGUAAUUUAGUGCAAAUUAUAGGAAAAUACUAUGUAUUUAUAUGGCUUAGGUAUCCAAAACAGGAAAUUGACCAUCUAAAGUAUAAGCAGUUUUGAAUUUCAGUGUCCUUUAACUGCUUUAAAGAUGGGAUGUGCAAACAAUAUAGUGUAGACUUGAUAGAAAAUGUUUCACCAUUUUGAUUUAGAUUAAAAAUAGUACUAUAGUACCAUCUAUACAUUCUCAAUAUCCCUUAUAAUUAGCACUAAAUCAUGUCUUUUACAAGGUAUGUGAACUUUUUUCUUCUUCAAGGAUGUCAUUAGAAAGCCGACGUAAAAAAAAGUACUUCCUUGUUACAUCCAAUGUGUAACAGUUUGAUGUUUACAGGAGACUGGCGGUAUAUUUGGCUUUCCAUGCAGAGAACAAUCACAAUCUGAUAAUGUUUCAAUUAUUCUGCGUGAUCUGUGCUACAGACAUAUAAGAUAUGUUUCCCUGAACAAUCCAUAUUGCUUUAUAUUUUUUGUCUAAAUAUCCCAAACACGAAUAAUACCUGUGAGCAGUGCCCAGCAGUUUAAAUUGGGUUUUUGUUGAUCAUUUCAAAGGAUCAAUAUGAUAACAGUAAUUCA